CAACAUAACAUAGAGGAGAAUACGAAAAGAGCUAUUGAUACUCAGUGUUCAUGGCUAGCAAACAAGGAAAGGUUCUAGAGACUCAAAUUCUCGAACCGAAAGUCGAGUGGUAUGAAGAUACGGAAAAUCAUGUCCUCCGUGUUCGUCUUCCAGGUUUCAAGAAGGACGACUUCAGGGUGCAAAUCGAUAACUUCGGUAAUCUAACAAUAAAGGGACAAAGACCAUUAGGCGAGAACAAAUUGGAACUCUUGCAUAAGGUUCUCCAAGUUCCCAGCAAUUCCAAUGUAGACAAAGUAACCGGGAGAUACGAAGGGGAUUGUCUCUCGGUAACCUUUCCCAAAAUCCCUGCACAAGAAAAGGAACAAGAGAAAGGAAUGGAAGUGCCGCCGCAGAAAAGGAAAGACGAGAAGGAAGAGAAGAGAGAGGAGAAACCCCCUCAAAAGGAGGGGAGAGAAGAGCCGAAGAGCCGCGACGAGAAGUUUGAGAAAGACUACGGUAGUCCCGACAAGAAACCAAAGUACGUUAGCGAAGAGAAGGAAAAGAAAGAAGAAAAGGUUGAACAAAAGGAGGAGUAUUCUAGACCGCAAGAAGCAAUGCCGAGAAGCAGCGGAGUGGGCGAAGAGGCGGGGCCGAAGAAGAGAGAGGUGGCAACUGCAUGGAAAAAGAAAGUUAAGGAGGCGAUUGAAGGAUGGUCCGACUACGAAUUUUUAGAUGAUCUAAAGGAAACAAUCUGCAAGAAAAAGGAGGUCAUUGCUGUAGCUGUUGCUGCAUUCACUAUCGGGUUCUACGUAUCUCGAAAGCUCAAGUAAAACAGGGUGUGAAAGAUAGUAUCAUGUAAAUAGCAUGUGAUAUGAUUCACUGUGAUAAAUUAAGAACUGUUAAUAUUUAAGUAGUUCUAAAAGAUUAUGAUUGUUUAGGUGCACCUGGAUCAGUCCUCUCACUGAAGACUCUGGAAAUAUUUGAAUAGUGAGUGCAGCAAAUACAGCAGCAAAAAAAUAUAUUGAUGCUGAAUACAGCGAAAUGUAUAUUUCAUACAUGUCUAAAGAAUAAAUUCCGUUUUACUUGUGAUGUUAGAUGAAA